GUAAACACCUUUCUUCACCAAUACAACAACAUGGACACGAAACUGAAAGCAUUAAAAGUUCCAGAGUUGAAAGAAAUCCUUUCAAAGGCUUCAAUACCUCCAGGAAAUGCAAAAAAGCAGGAUCUCAUCAAUAAAAUUAUAGCAAACCCAGCUGCUAUUGAUGUCUUUCACACUCUCCACCCCGCUGCUAAACCCCCUCCCUCUACUGACGAUGAUCUGCUCGCUCCUCCAGAAGAAAUCGACUGGACAAUUGAAGAGUCCAUUCCAGUAGUACCCCCCUCUCCCCCCAAGAAAUCUAAACAGCCACUUCCAACACCUGUACCAGAAACAGUGGCUCCAACUGCACCCGUGCAGUCAGAAGAGGAUAAGCGCAAAGCUCGUGCAGCUCGCUUCGGUACAGCCUAUGUUGAGCCUACACAACCCACUCAGCAACAAUCAAAAAAGGACAAACCCGCUGCCGAGAAUUCCGACAAACUCAAGGCCCGAGCAGAGCGCUUUGGGGUUCUCACUUCCGCCACUAAGACCACCGGAAAGCGCUCAGCACCUGUCGAGAAUGUUGAUCCUGAGGAGCAGGAGCGUAGGAGGAAACGCGCAGAACGGUUUGGCUUGCCACUCUCCGGCAAGGCGUAAGUAUUCCUAUUCUUGACCAGCCUUUAUUUAUCCCCUCUGUUGUUGUUCAUGUACAUACGCACACUUUUUGGAGUGUAUCAUGUAGACGCCUAAAGUUGUAUUUUCGUCCUUUCAACUUGAAUGUGAUUCUGCUGUACA